UUAUUUUCCUUUUGAGUUUUAGCACUGCGAAACAAAAGUGUACCAUCAGCACUGCUGCAGGUACCACUAUUUUUGGCUUUAAGAACUAAACCACUGUGAUCCAUGUGCUUUGGAUGUAUAUAUCCUCCGUAUAAUGCAAACAAAUAGACUGCUCAGUGGCAGUAGUACUAACUAUAGCGUAGAAAUGGGCAAGUGUCAUCUCGGUAACGACGUCGUUUCCGUGGUCCUCGACCACUCCGCCGACAGCGAAGGUCACAGUCACUUCAAACUGUGGUCAACGUCAUUCCGCCGCUUGAUCCUCGACGCCGUGCGUUGCGGCGGAGGCGGUGCGCGAUACAAGCAGUAUUCCAGCGCUGCUUCUAAAUCUGCGAUGGAGCGGAAGCCUAACUGUCGCCAUCCCAGUCAAAGAUCUGAGUGCGGAUUUAAUGUUGCCGGAUCGGAGAAGCUAUCGGACCUGCUUCGGCUGUCUCAGACCUCAGAGGAAGAAGAACCGGAGGAGGUGCGGAGGAAGGUAGACGCGCUGGAGCGGUUGAAGUGCGUGACGAAGCGGCUGCAGAGCUGCGAAGCUAGCGGCGUAUUGGAGGGAGCCAAGGAAGUGCGAAUGCUGACCAAGGACGACUCGGAGGCCCGAACGACACUCGCUCUGCUCGGAGCCAUUCCGCCGCUGGUGGCGCUUCUAGACGCCGACGACUCCCCCUCCCUCGUCGCCGCCCUCUAUGCCCUGCUCAAUCUGGCAAUUGGAAAUGACGCAAACAAAGCUGCAAUUGUGAAGGCUGGAGCUAUACAUAAAAUGCUAAAGUUAAUUGAAUCGCCAAACGGUUCCACAGAACCAGCUGUGGUGGAAGCCAUUGUUGCCAAUUUUCUUGGUCUUAGUGCGCUGGAUGCCAACAAACCCAUCAUUGGUUCCUCGGGCGCAAUUCCCCUCUUGUUAAAAGUGUUAAAAGAUUCAGACCAAGCAAACAUUGCUCAAGCCAGACAGGACUCACUACGUGCGCUGUACAAUCUUUCAAUCUCAUCUACAAACAUUUUCCAAAUCCUAGAGACUGAUCUAGUGCCAUUCAUGAUGGGAAAGUUGGGAGAUAUGGAAGUGAGUGAGAGAAUACUCUCAAUUCUUAGUAAUAUAGUUGCGAUACCACAAGGUCGUAAGGCAAUAAGUGUCGUCCCUGAUGCAUUUCCUAUACUUGUUGAUAUCAUGAACUGGACUGACUCCCCAGGUUGCCAAGAGAAAGCAUCUUAUAUUUUAAUGGUAAUGGCACAUAAGUCAUAUGGAGAUCGACAGACAAUGCUUGAAACAGGAAUCGUCUCCUCCUUGCUUGAAUUAACACUUAUUGGAAGUACAUUGGCACAAAAAAGAGCGUCAAGGCUAUUGGAGUGCUUGAGAGUUGACAAAGGGAAGCAAGUCUCAGAAAACUUUGGUGAUCUCAAUGUGACAAUAUCGGCGCCACAAUCAUCCACAUGUUCAAGUCAUCAUCUAAAGAACAGUCUCCAGUAUGAAGACCGUAUGAUGAGUGAUGAGAAAAAAGCUGUCAAGCAAUUAGUUCAACAGAGCUUGCAGCAUAACAUGAAGAAAAUGGCGAGGAGGGCUAAUCUGCCACAGGAUUUCGUUCCUUCGGAUCAUUUUAAGUCACUCACUUCAAGCUCAACCUCUAAGAGCCUGCCGUUUUGAGAGAAUCUGAGACUCCAUAUGGAGCGGAGGGCAUUGCUCCUGAGUUUUACCGGACAAUAAAAGGUAUCUUUUGUCUUGGCCUCUCUUGAAACACAUAGUGGUUUGUGUAAACUAGGCGUGAUUAAAUAUAUUGUAAAGUUUUGGGAUGUUAGUAAAUUUUCUCCUAGUUUGAUUUUUCUUGGAUUUAUAUUCGCACACCAGAAUGAUUUCUGGCCGCAUACAGCAUUAUGCAUUUACGUGCGGGGCUACCAAGCAUUUUACUGCUAUGAAGCUUAGUAAUUUUGGAGAGAGGAGCAUAGUCUUCUGGUAAUUAAAGAUUGGACGUUAAUCAUCAAUUAGUUAGUUUCUUUGGUGCGUACUCUUUCAUGCAGCUUCUUGGUGCCUUCUUCUCAGAAAGAAAAGUACACAGCAUUUUCAAUCGAGAAUUCAUGUAGUAACUUGGUGCGGUAGGUGUAGAGUUUAGAAUAAUGUAUGAAUGCACAGAAGGUGUUAACUUGGAGAUCUUUACAUAGGUUCUUUAAGAACCUUCGUUGGAAUCUUCAUAGGUUAUGCCGUUAUGGCCGUUGUUUCUUUUGAGUGUAUAUUUACUAUUUAUAUACGAGUAUGUGCUUAAACGAUCAACCUUCAGGUUUGGAGAUGGAGACGUCGAAUUAGAAACCAAAGAAUCUUAUCGACGAAUUAUUUAAUGAAAAAGAUUGGUAUUACCAAA